AUGUGCAUUGUUCUUUUUUUGUGUCUUUCUUUUUCCCAGACACGCGCAGCUGUUUGCCACCGGUCCGUCCGGACCUCGGCGGUAAUGCCCUACGGUAGGUAG